AUGAACGCCGACAGCAGCAGCUGCGAGUUGGGGAAACCUGCAAAAGGUCGCAUUGCAGAAGAAGAAGAAGAAGAAGGAAAUGACAGGUUAAGCUCUCUUCCGGACGUCGUUCUUCAUCGAAUUCUCUGCUUGCUCGACACCAAAUCCGUCGUUCAAACCUCCGUCCUGUCCCGAUCGUGGAGGAACACCUGGAAAGACGUUUCGGUGCUCAAAUUUCACAGCGAUUCCUUCAAGCAGUACUCGAGCUUCCAGAACUACGUUGACAAGGUGCUGACCCUCCGCCAUCCCGUUGGUCUCAGCGAGGUAGAGUACCUCGACCAUGAUGAUUCGGAGGAUCGAGAUGGGGAUCUGUUCGUCAAGGUCAUCGAUUAUGCACGAACCCAUGAUGCUAAAGAGCUGGAGAUUGACCUGUUCAAUCAUGGCAGAAUGCAACCAUCUUGCGUGUUUUCCCUCUUGUUUAACACGGUGGUCUCGGAUUGCAAACUCAAGGGUCUAACACUCACAUGUCUCAUCAUCAACACUGAGCUCGCGCCUGCUGGGUUCCGGAUGCUGAAAAAGUUAAAUUUGACCAACUGCUUGGUGGCUACGGGCAGGAGUGGGGACUUCGAUAUCUUCUCUGGCCUUCCAUGCCUCAAGUAUCUGUAUCUGAUUCAGUGUGUGUUCAUCAGUUUUCCCAAGGAUGAUGACUCCAGCAGUUUCACGAUCUCUGGGCCCCAGUUGGAUACCCUGAAUAUGGAGGUUGCUGUGUCUGCCAAGAUCAACAUAUGUGCACCAAAGCUCAAGUUCUUCAACCUCCGGCACGACUUAGGAUCCUUGAACUUGUUCAGCUUAAGCAUACCUUCCCUUGAGAUUGCUGAUAUGGAGAUCUAUGAUAAGACGAAUUCGAUGGAGGCUGACAAGGAGAGCAUGACACAGAGUCUGAUGUUCUUGUUCCAAGGUCUGCGUGCUGCACGAGCUAUCGCGCUGGAUUCCAUAACCAUCCAGAUAUUGAGUAAAGUUGAUUCGGCAUUCCUGGAGCAGCAGCCCUCCCCCUUCACCAAAUUCAAUACCUUGAUUGUGGUGCCUGACACUGUGCCGUACCUACUGGUCGAUUACUUUCUUAAAGGGUCUACUGAUGUGAACCCAAUUGUUAUGCAUAUCUUGCCGAGAGUUACAUUCUCUGGGCCACCAGAACACCAGCAAGAGUACACUGGAACAUCACCCUGGACACCACAAUCCUUUGAUGGAGGUAAUAAUGUGCACAGAAGUUGGUUCCAAAGGCAGGAUGGUUAUGAUGAAUAUGACCUAAAGGAAAUGGAGUAUUCAGCUGCUGUUGCUGCCGCAGCAUUCGCGAUUUCUUCGUCGCUCGAAGAAGAAGAAGCUGGAGCAGCAGAUUACAGAAGGAAGAUGGAAGAAGAUGAAAGGCGGAGGUCAAUGGGAAGACCCAAAUCAAUAAUGAAAGAAGAAACCCCCAUUUCAAGACUUGCCUCCUUCAGAACCUUGUCCAUCAAGGAAGACAGAGAUCCAGGUGAAUCUUCUGACCGGAGGAUGCGGCAGCAGCAGCAGGAAAGAGGGUUCCCUGCCAGAAGGCCAAGCCUCUCUUCAGGAGGAGAAGAUUCUUGGGAGAAGGCUCAGCUGAGGAAGAUCAGCAAAAGGUACGAGAAGAUGGAGGCAAAGAUUGUUGGUUGGCAGGAGGCAAAGAAGAUGCAGACCAAACUCAAAAUGGAAAGAAAAAGGAAUGAGUUGGAAAUGAGGAGGACAAGGAACAUGCAGCAUUACCAGAGCAAGAUGGAGAGGAUUGACAUGAUUGCCAGUGGAGCGAAAGGGCAGCUGGAAGAGAAACGGAGGAAAGAAGAAGCUGAGGUGAAACACAAGGCCAGGCUCAACCUUCACUCCAAGGGCCGUACGAAGAAUUCUUGCUUCGGGUGGAACUAA